AUGGCACCAACCGGAAGUCCCACCCUCACCGGAAGUCCCACCCACCUGUCAAAAAGUUUGAUGAAAGGGUGUACUUAAAUUCUCUCUAUUGUUCAUGUUCUUACAAAUCUUUUGUACAACUGAAACUUGAAACUUGCAACAAAAUGCAUUGUUGCCUUUAUUUAUUUAGAAAAAUGUAUGAAGCAGUGUGCUUGUGUAUGAAGGGGUGGGGAAGUGGGGUGUUUGGUGGGGGUGGGUGUUUAGAACUGUGUGACAUUACAUGUGCUUUGGAGCAGUGACAUCACACUACUUCAAAGCACAUGACAUCACCCUAGAUCUAAGAACAGAGAUGACAUCACAGAGCCUUAAACGUGUACACUUUUAAUUCUGAGGCCAGAAUGGUCCAGUAUACUAGUGUUUCUGGACAUAUAGUUUUAAGAUUUUAAAGAUCAUUUACAAUUCACAAAGAUAUUCUGAAGAUGCCUGAAUUCAGAAAGCAUGAAGCACUUCCAACGAAGUCAACGAAAGGAGAUUCAUCUUUAAUAGACAAGAGGAAAGGAUUGGGAUUACAACAGUAAAUGGGAUCUGUAGAAUAACUCAACCUGGUCACUAUAAUGCAGAAGUGACAUCCUAUUUGAAAGAUUUUUUUGCAAGUCGACGGGCUUCGUUAAGGGCAGAAUAUGAUCAAUCUAACAGUAAACUGGCAUCCACAUUAACUGAUAUUCUUGAAGAGGAAUCCAUUGUUAACAAUUUGAUUACAAAUGAGUCACCAAAAAUAUCUAUCAGAGACAGUAAUACCACUGAUAAAGACAGACCCAGUGAAGAUCAGAAGCCUGAACCAAAAGCCUCCAAAACCAUCUGUCAAAGGGUGAAAUCAGCUUUUAAGGGCUUAGGAAAGUGCAAAUCUCCUAAAAAGAGGCAACAGGAUGAGGAGAAAGACUUAGAUGAUGAUGCUUUUAACAAAAGCAGUGUAAGAGACUCAUCUACAUCAUCUUUGGAGUCAAAGUUCCCAACAACACUGCCAACAUCAUCAACUGCUUCAAAAGAUCUGAACUCUGUCCAUGUAGAGCUGGUACCUGUGGGAGUAAAAGAUAAAUGUAAACCCGGUGAAAUACUCUGCUCUGGCCUUGUAGAGCCAAUCACUGAGGCUGGGAAAGAGGACUGUAAGUCGGUGGAGACUAAAGCACGUUCAACAGAUCUGCUGCACAGUAUUGAGGUGGAAUCCACUGUCACCAAUGUCAUUGCAAACACAGCGCUGGCUAGUAAAACCAAAUCCCAAGAGGAUUAUUCUUCUUUAAAUGCCAGUGCAUCUGGGGGUGAACUUUUUGGGAAACUGCCACAAAGAGACUCUACAUCUACCACAAACUGUAACAUCGCUGAUACAGAUGGACACAGUGAAGAUCAGAAGUCUAAACCGAAUGCCCUCACAACCUUCAUUCAAAGACUGAAAUCAGCUUUUAAGGGCUUAGGAAAACACAAAUCUAUUAAAAAGAGACCAAAUACUGAGGCCGACGCUGGAGAGGACGAAUGUAAGCCAGAGGGGACUGAAACAUUUUCCUCUGUCCAUAUAGAGGCGAUCACCGAGGUAGAAGGUGUAGAAUUCAAAUCAGAGGACCCUGGUGUUAUCCAUGUCAAUUCAACCAGUGAGGCAGAAAAGAAACAAUGUAACUCAGAGGAGACUCCUUCUUAUCUGCCCUAUGAUGGUUUUUCCCAUUUAACAGGAAAUAUUGAAGAGGAGUCAACUGUCACAGAUUGCGGUAAAAAUAUGGAGUCAACAAGUGAAACCAAAUCGCAAAAAGAAUCUUCUCAUUUGGAUUCCAGUGAGCCUGGAGGCGAACGUAUUGGAAAGGCUUCUAGCUUUAGGUUACCUAGCUAUACAAACCAUUCACAAGAAGGAUCUACAUUUAUCACAGACAAUAGCAUCACGGAUACAUAUGAAACCAGUGACAAUCAAGAGUCCAAACUCACAGGCUCUGUAACCUUCAUUCAAAGACUGAAAUCAGCUCUUAAGGGCUUAGGAAAACACAAAUCUAUUAAAAAGAGACCAAAUGCUGAAGCCGAGGCUGGAGAGGACGAAUGUAAGCCAGAUGGGACUGAAACAUUUUCCUCUGUCCAUAUAGAGGCGAUCACCGAGGUAGAAGGUGAAGCAUUCAAAUCAGAGGACCCUGGUGUUAUCCAUGUCGAUUCAACCAGUGACGCAGAAAAGAAACAUUGUAAGUCAGAGGAGGCUCCUUCUUAUCUGCCCUAUGAUGAUUUUUCCCAUUUAACAGGAAAUAUUGAAGAGGAGUCAACUGUCACAGAUUUCGUUAAAAAUAUGCAGUCAACAAGUGAAACCAAAUCGCAAAAAGAAUCUUCUAAUUUGGAUUCCAGUGAGCCUGGAGGCGAACUUAUUGGAAAGGCAUCUAGCUUUAGGUUACCUAGCUAUACAAAAGAUUCACAAGAGGCUCUGAAAGGCUCUGAAACAUUCAUUCAAAGGGUGAAAUCAGGUGUUAAUGACUUAGGAAAACACAAACAAUGUCAAAAAGACCAACAGACCGAGAAGAAGGACUCAUCAGAAGGUAGCAGCAAAAGUAUUGCUCCUGACACUGUAUCAAUUACAACAAAAUUGGACCAGAGUUCUUUCUAUACAGAGGCAAUCAGUCAGUCAGAAACUGAAGGAUUUAAUUCAGAGGAGAUCCAACCAGUGGGUACGUCUAUGAGUGAGACAGUUUGCUGCAUGCCUUCUCUACUCUGUACAAAAUUUACUUACACUACAUCUGACCCGAUAAAAUCCAAACUCCAAGCUCGGCAUCUAGAUUCAUCUGAUCAGAGUGAAAAUGAAGCAUGUCAAUUACAAAAGACCAAAACACUCUCCCCUGAGAUCUCUGCCAUAUCCUUAUCUCAAAAACCACAGCAUACUGAAAAGAAGCACAUUCAAAUAGGCAUGGAUCUUCAGAAAGAAAUUACAUCUAUACCAGUAGAGAGGUUGGCUCACUUAAAACAAUUAAUUACCAAUGACAUUAUAAGGAUCUUUGAUUUUUCUGAAAAAAACAUUUCUGAUGCUAUUCACAUUAAAUUAGAAACCAUCAGAGACACAUUGAUUGUUAGCAUGGAGUCAACCUUUGAAGAGCUUAUUAAAAGCACACAUAUGCCCUCUACCAGCUCAUCUACGGCGUGUGAGAGGGCAAAAUACCCUCAAAUGGCAACUCCCAGUAAAGCUAGUUUCCCCACAAACCAUUACCCUAGUAUCCCUGGCCACCAUGCCAGAAAUACCUGUCACAAGAAAAGACCGUGGUACUUUUGUUUUAAAAAGAAUAAUAAGGUUGCACCAUUGCCACCAUCACAACAAAACUGAGUCUAUAUAUGUGUGAAGUAUAAAUUGUGGUUUUCGCACACAUUAUAAAACGUAAACAUAUUUCUAAAAUCAAACAAAACAGGGAACCAAUUAGGUUGCUUGAUAGAAAAAAGAUGAAUAGUAUAACAUAAGUAAAACACGUUUAACCCCCAAUGAGACUGAUUGGCCAACCAGUUACCUUGAAUUAUAAUCCUAUUCACCACAUUUAACAAAAACUUAGGUAACAGUAAACAAUUCAGUCUAAGUUAGCUUUAUUUUCAAAGAAAGUCAGUCAGAAUCUGUAAAAUAUCUGGUGGCUGCAUUGGAAUUUGCAUGUCCUCCCUGUGCAUGUGUGGGUUCUCUCCAGGUACUCUGGCUUCCCCCUAUAAAAGCUGACCUUUAAAAAAAAUGACAUUUUAAAAUAAAAAAAACAGCUUGAAUUGCAUAAUAAUAGCCUCAACAAUAAUUAGGUAAACAUUUUAUAUGAAAAUUAUUUUAUAUUAAUGGAAAAUGAAAUUUAUUUCAUAAUAAUGAGCUAAGAAUUUAAUAAGCAUUCAAUUAUUUCACAAUUUCAUUGUCACAUUAAAUCAGUCAGUCAUUUUCUACUGCUUAUUCCAUAGUGGGUCAUGAGGAAGCUGGUGCCUAUCUCCACCAGUCUAUGGGCAAGAGGCAGGGUAUGCCCUGGACAGGUCACCAGCCCGUCACAGGGAAACACACUGACAACCAUGAACACACUCAUACACCUAAGGGCAAUUUAGAGAGACCAAUUAAC